AUGUUCCGUCCUCGCCUACCACUCUCUCCUCACCGCUUCUCCCAUCUUCGCUCCCACCCCGCCAAAACGUCCGACUGGAGCGCAACCCAAUACCUCAAAUUCGCCGACGAGCGCGCCAUCCCCACCCAAGAUCUCCUAUCACACAUCCCCCUGCAAUCUCCCUCCCACAUCGUUGAUCUUGGCUGCGGCCCCGGAAACUCCACCGCCAUGCUUUCCGCCCGCUACCCAUCCUGUCCGAGCAUCUCCGGCAUCGACUCCUCCCCGAACAUGAUCGCCCGCGCUAAAGAAUCAUCUAACAACAAUACGACCUUCGCCGUGGCGGACGUGGAAACCUACUCUCCCCCGCCCAACCAACCCGUAGAUCUCUUCUUCUCCAACGCUGUCCUGCACUGGCUUCCCCGUUCUACUCGUCUCCCUACUAUCCGCAGACUCCUACUUGCUCUUCCCCCGGGCGGGGUCUUCGCCUUCCAGGUCCCGGAUACCUUGAACGAGCCAUCGCAUACAUCCAUGCGGGAGGUCGCGAGGACGGGGCCCUGGGCGGAACAUCUACGGGGUACGUUGGUAGAGAGGGAUGAGUUGGAUUCACCCGGGGAGAUUUAUGAUGCGUUGGUGGACUGUUGUGAGAGUUUGAGGAUUUGGGAGUCGGUAUAUUAUCAUUCCCUUGGGAGUUGGGGGGAGAUUGUGGAGUGGGUGAAGGGAACGGGGUUGAGACCGUAUUUGGAUGGGUUGAGGGGAGAGGAGGAACGGGGGGAGUUUUUGAAGGUGUAUGAGGAGAAAUUGAGGGAGAAGUAUGAGAAGAGGGCUGAUGGGAGGUGUAUAGGUAGAGGACAGAAUGUAGGAUGCUCUGAUCAUGUCAUACAAGCUUCCGGUGUAUAUGGCAUGCAUGCAUGUUGGUAUAAUCCUAAGUUUAUAGUUCGCAUAUGGAAUAGAUCGUCAGGUCCAUUUUCACCAGAAAUCUCGCCAGCGCUCGAUCAUUCCCCGGACGCCAUCAAGAUAGAAUGCUGA